AUGCCAAACGAUAUUGAAAUGACAAAUAAACUAUCGACCUGUUAUUGUGGUGGAGAGCGAGAAUUCUCUCGAGUCGAAAUUCAAUGUUGUCUUUGUCUUCGAUUUUUUCAUCAGGAUUGCGUUUCUGUGACAACUGGACCAAUGCUUCCAUUCAUGACAAAUUAUCAUUUUCUAUGUAAAGAAUGUUCACCAAAUAAACCUGAAGAACAGUUUGUAAAAAAAACUGCAACAUUUAAUCAAUUAUGUACUACGGUAUUAGCUAAUUUGACUCAGCAAUCAUCGCAAACAUUUUUUUCAAGAGAUCGAGAAAUAUUACCAUUUAUCGAUGAAAAAUGGGAUUUAUUAACAUUUUCACAAAAGAAAAAUAAACCAACUUUACAUGCGUCAGUGUACAAAGCUUUGGGUCGUGAAGAUCUUUUUGUUUCAUCGGAAAUAGGUGGUGAAAUCAUGAUUGCAUUACGUGAACAAUGUCUUGAUAAAAUCGGUCCAAUGAAUGAAAAGAUUUUCGAAAUAAUGAAUCCAAAUGCUUGCCGUGAUCAAUCUCCCAAUACAUCUAACGCAAUAAAUCCUCUUACAUCAUCAUCAAUCAUUACUCCUUUACAAACAAGUCAAUCUGGCAAUGGAACAUUCCACGGUUCAUCAUCAGCAAAUAGCGUAACGUCAUUGUCAAAUAGUGAAGUAACACGCCGAACAAGUAAACGAAAAUUAGCGAAUGAAAAUUCUAUGAAUACAAAACGACGUGGUGACGUGCCAAAAUUAGAAAGAUUAAUACCAAAAAGUUAUCCAGCUGAAUAUCCAUUUAAUAAAGAAGGAUAUAGAUAUCAUUUAGCGGAACCCGAUCCACAUUCACCGUUUCGACAAAAAUUCGACGAAACUGAAGUAUGGGCUGGAAAACCAAUACCGGGACAUUUAUAUCGAACAUUUCUUGAAAAUGAAUGUUUAUUAUCGUUAAAUGAUCGAGCUCAACAAUUAAAAUUAAAUGAUGAUCGUUUAACAGUCACCGGCGAUAAAGGCUAUUGUUCAGUACGAUCAACUCAUUCUGUAUCUCAUGGUGCAUGGUAUUAUGAAGUAACGAUAACUUCAAUGCCUCCGAAUACAGCGACACGUAUUGGUUGGGCACAACUUUUAGCUAAUUUACAAACUCCAAUUGGUACAGAUAAAUUCGGUUAUUCAUGGCGUUCAAGAAAAGGAACAAUAUUUCAUGAAGCAUGCGGUUUACAUUAUUCAAAUGAAGGCUACCGUGAAAAUGAUGUACUCGGAUUUUUAAUCAUAUUACCUGAAACCACACCACCCGAUGUAAUGUUACCACGAAAAUAUAAAAAAUUGCCAUUGGUUAAAUUUAAAAAUUAUAUUUAUUUUGAAGAACGCGAUGAUUUACGAACAGGCGAAACUAAUUUAAAACCAACCAAUGGGGGAAAAAUCAUUUUCUAUAAGAAUGGUGUUAAUCAAGGUGUAGCAUUUACGAACAUAUGCGAAGGGAACUAUUGUGCAGCUAUUUCGAUUUAUUAUGGUGCUACGGUUUCGGCGAAUUUCGGUCCAACAUUUGUUUAUUCACCUACUGAUAGUCCAGUUCCAUGGAAACCGUUAACUGAAUCAGCCACCGAAACCUACUGUACACAUGCACUAAAUGAUCUACUCUUUCAUAUUUCGCACGACGAACAAAACAUUGAUCGCAAUGAUUCAACGACGCUUGGAAAGAACGCUGGUCGAAAUGCAAAAGGUGAUCGAAGUCGUCGAUUGACAACACUCAGUGCACCAUUAUUCGAAUAA